CGUCCUUCAAGCGCCUGCAGAUGGGCAAAGACACGGAGCAAAUCUGGGGCAUAUUCGAUCUGACCCCGAUGGAACUGAAUGCACGUGCAUCAUAUUUCGUCACAGGGAAAGAGCUAUGAACUUGAAUAUCGCUUGUCGCAGGCCGACUUCCCGGACGCGCAACUUCGUCAGCACGGAACAUUCGAUCUCGAGCGACUCGGUCAUGCUGCUGCUCAAAGAGGACUGUAAGUUGCGAAUGUGCCCCGAGCGGACAACUGCUAACCCAGAGGUAAAAGCCGAGCAAAUCACAUGCGCGAGGGAGCUCGAGACGGCACGGAACUCCUGCAGCCUUUCCAGCUCGAAGCUGGGAAUGGUGUGAUCCACUGUUUCAGCACCUACUGCUUAGAGCAAAAAGUCGCCAACGACUGCUCGUUGCACCCGAGCCACGCGCCCAAGCCGCGCGUAGGCGAAGGCAAGGUUGUUUCGCUGUACGAUUCCAUCGUCCUGAUGGACGGCACCUGCAGUGUCCACGAGGGUAAAGAGCUGCGCGAGAGUCUGCACAGGUACGAAAGAGUUCGGAGAGAGGUGGCAAUACAGGUAUUGGAGGAAUUGGAUCCGCCCGAUUCCAAGUUGUAGAGUUGCACUCUUUGGUGGCGGUGCGCGAGAUGUAUUAUUCAUCGU